GUUAUAUUUUUAUUAUAAUAUGUUUUCUUAUUAUAAAAGAUAUUUAUUUCCUUCAAGUAAUAAACUCUUUACAACGUUGAAGGCGCGUUUAUUUCACUCUACAACUCUCAUACAAAAAAGUCAUCCAAGAGAAAUAAAACGUCGAAAUAUUGCAAAAAAAAUAUCAAAAUUGCAACAAGAAAAUUCGAAAAGAUCCAAUGUUAUAACAGGAAUACCAACACCAUUUACAAAUUCACUUUUACGUCCUUCACAAAUUUAUACUUCAGCUAAUUCUACAUCAUCUCCCUCAACUCUUUCAUUAUCUGAAAAUAAACAAUAUAGGAAUUUUUUUUUGGAUGGAAAAGAUGAAGAAUUUUUAUUUAAAAUUGCACCAGAUAUUAUAAUAGAAAAUUCUACAACAGAACCAGAAAAAGAAUUAGGAAGAGUUCAAAUACUUAAAAAUUUAACUGGUCUACAUAAUGCUAGCUCUAAAGGUAUUUUAUUACAUAAUAUUCAAUUAGCUAUAAAAGAAUUUGCUAGAAAAGAAGGUGAUACUGGUAGUGCUGAAGUUCAAGCUGCUGUUUGGACUGCUAAAAUUUUAAAUCUUCAUGAGCAUAUUAAAAAUAAUCAUAAAGAUAAGCAUAAUUAUAGAGCUUUAAGAUAUAUGGUGCAUAAAAGGCAGCGUAUUUUAAAAUAUUUAAAAACGCAAAGUUUAGAAAGAUAUUUUACCUGUUUAAAGAAAUUAGGCUUAGAUCAAAAAUCCAUUGAAGGUGAAAUUGUUAUCUAAUACUUACUUUAUAUAUUUCUAUUAAAAAAAAAAUUAUUU